UCACUUGUCUAUGAUGACUCCGAGGAAGCUGAAGUUUCUCUGGCUAUCAACAAAUCAAACGACAAGAUGACUUGGGGUCCUGAUGGAAUUCCAUCAUGUUUAGUGGAAGAUUGUGCAAGAGUGCUUGUGCCUAUACUGUGUGUACUAUUCAAUUUAAGCUUCAGAUCAGCUUCCUUUGGGGGAGUACACAGUCUCUUCAUAGGAUGCAGUUUAAUAACAAGUAUCGAAACCAUAUGCUACUGCUUCUUCAUAUUCGUCGUUAACCUCAAAAUAUUUGGAAAAGUAACAAUUGACUACGGAGUAUCUCAACAAUAAAACCACAAAAGGGUGCCUAUCUGGUCGUCCAGCUUAUACUUCAGUCUGAGUGCUAUUAGGACGAACAGUUUAAAAUCUGUAGAAAGUGACCAAGUCCCAGUCUACUCAAUGCUACCCGCAUCUCAAGAUGGAUCUCGAUACACAUCAUGGACUUGACUCCAUUAGGCGGCGACCGCUGAGAGUUGCCAGAACAACGACGACAACAAAUUUCAAUGUUGAGACUUUUAC